UCACAAUGUCCGGCCCGGAAACUGUUGCAUCAGCGGCACCACCGACGGGCGACACGUCCGAACCUUCCGGUGGUCUGUUGUACGACAUCGUGUACGAGAUCAUCAGCAGUCCACUCAACCUAGCGCUGGUUGGUGUCAUCUCAUUCCUGCUGUACAAGAUCAGCAAGAGUCGUCAACCGGCGACUUCGCUGCCGGCACCUCCACCGGAACUUCCAAGAAUGCGGCGUGAUUUCACGCUUGCCGAGUUGAAACCCUACGAUGGCACACAACCGGAUGGACGCGUACUGACCGCUGUCAACGGCAAUGUCUACGACGUCACGAAGGGCAAGGCCUUCUACGGACCGGGGGGCACAUAUGCGGUGUUUGGUGGACGAGAUGCUUCUCGAGGUCUGGCAACGUUCCAAAUCACUAGCUCGGGCAGCGAUGAGUACGACGACUUGAGUGAUCUAAAAUCCCACGAAAUGGCAUCGAUGCGCGAGUGGGAGAUGCAAUUCAAGGAGAAGUACUACCUCGUUGGGCGCCUGCUGAAACCGGGUGAGAAACCGACGAACUACUCCGAUGAAGACGAGGACACACCGGCCGAAGGCUCAGAGCUGAAGAAGCGCGCAACUCCGGCCGCAACCGACUCGUCGAAGGUAGAAGAUAAACCGACCUCCACUGAUAGUGCACCAUCGCUCGUGGAAGCGAGCGCCAGUGCAGCAACAGGUGGAACAGAGGACGACAAGCAGAAGGCUGAGUGACGGUCCCUGCCCGUUAAAUGUCAGCAGUUGCAGCCGGAUGCGCUGAUCGACGAUAUGCUUGCCAUCCGCAUGAAG